AUGCAUCGGCCAGUCAUUACUCGUUUGGCCCAAUAUGGGGGUCUCGCACUCGCCGAACUACCUCCGCCAUACCUGGCACCUUCCCUUCACUUCUCGAUGACUCGAACCCAGUCCUCAAACUUCUCUACGACCCCCGUCGCCGCUGGCCGAGGACGCGAUUUGAACCGAACCCGCGGUGUAUCAGCAAUUCACCGGACCGGCCCCCGAUUCAAGCUCGGUGUUUCCAAGUACCCUUUGCCGAAACCUGUUUCGCCUGAGUCUCUCCCUGCCCGAGCCAAAGCUCCCAACCACGGUCUUUGGGGUUUCUUUCCCCCUUCGCGUGAGGCAAUGAGCACGCCGGAGUUCGAUCUGGAAUUUGGUCGCCCAUGGGCUAUUACCGAACUCCGUGACAAGAGCUGGGAUGACCUCCACCGACUCUGGUGGGCCUGUCUCAGGGAGCGCAACCGCAUCGCUACCUCAAACUUGGAGAGAGAGCGCUUGAAUGCUGGAUACGGAUCUCACGAGGCUGAUAGUCGUGACAAGGCUGUUACCACUACCAUGUAUAACAUUAAGCAUGUGUUGCGUGAGCGCUGGUACGCUUAUGAGGAGGCCCAGCGUCUCUACGCUCAGGGAGUUCGCCCUGAAUACGAGACUUACAUGGAGAGCUCCGAGGCUGAGGAGACUGUCUCCAAGCCAUAA